AUGAACGCCAUUCGCCAGACUCAGGCGCUCAACAAGCGCGAGCUUGAAAAUGCGGUACCACCCGAGGCGUCAUGGCAUGCAGACUACCGCGACACCGCGUAUAUCUACAUCGGCGGGCUUCCACUGGAUCUCUCUGAAGGUGAUAUUGUCACAAUCUUCUCUCAGUACGGAGAGCCGGUCCAUAUCAACCUGCUUCGUGACAAGGAAACGGGCAAGAGCCGAGGCUUUGCGUUCCUCAAAUAUGAGGACCAGCGCAGCACAGACCUUGCAGUCGAUAACCUAGGUGGCGCAACCGUUUUAGGGCGUCUGUUGCGCGUGGAUCAUACACGGUACAAGCGCCGUGACGAUGAGGAAGAAGGAGAUAAUGUCGCACGACUGAUGGGUGAUGCGACUAUUACUGAGAGCAAGAAGGAUGGCGAAGAUGGUCGACGUGAUCGCAGGAGAAGGCCCAGCGAUGCCGACAGAGAGGAGCGCCGACCUAUGCUCAAGGAAGAAGUGGAGCUCCAGGAGCUCAUUCAGAAUCACGACGAGGAGGAUCCCAUGAAGGAGUUCCUCAUUGAAGAGAAGAAGGAAGAGGUUGCGCUUGCGCUAGCCAAGUAUCAGAGCAGCAAAAAGUCCUCCAGGAGGCGUGACGACAGCAGAGAACGAUCCAGUCGGCACCAUCGCCGCCAUCGCUCUCGUUCCACGGAACGCAAACGUCGUGAUGAUCGGUCCCCCGACAGAGAGAGGAAAUCGCGGCGCCGGUCCACCGAUCGCGAGGAGAGGUCGAGAAGAGACCGCUCUGUGGAACGGGAGGAACGUCCUCGUAGGGAUCGGUCGGCAGAGAGGGGAGAACGAUCUAGACAGGAUCAAACAACUGAGCGAUCGCGCUCGCCGGGCUCCCGAAGACACCGCAGUGAUCGAGACCGGCACGAUCGUCGCCGCUGA